CGUUCUUUUUUUUUUACUGCGGUAAGCGCUUUUUGAAAUCUAAAGUAACAAAUAUGCCCAAGAUGGAGUGGAUUGCAUAAUACUAGUUUUCUUACUUUUCCUUUCUUCUGCUUCAUAUACUACACCCCAAUGACUCUAAAGGAUUCCAUAAGACACCAGUCUAGUCACAUUACUAAUAGCACAAUGGAAAAAGACGAAGCAGCGCGGUUGGCUUCUGCUCUCAUGGACGUCAAAUUGACAGAGCCCGACAUUACAAAGAAUCAACAACAUAACGCCUUGUUCGAUCCUGUUAAUCGGAUAGACAGCGAUGAGUUCACUGACACGACGAGAACACUCAAGGAAAAAUUAAUACAUGCCACAUCUGACGACAUACAAGCGCUUGAGCACCUUAUGUCUACUCGUUUAGAUGAAGGACGUGGAGAGACACUGUUUGAAAUAGGUGUUGAAGAUGACGGUGAGAAAAUGACGCUUACAGACGACGAGUAUCAGCAAGCCCUGAUCACCGUUGGAAAAAUUGUUGAGAAGCUGGAUGCGGAUUUCUCGACUGUUGAAGAACGAGGGAAGCACAAUCAACAACAGCAAGGUAUCCUUGCCACUUUGAUGAUUCGACGGCGGUUAAAGACGGUGGAAGAUUUGCUUGAGAUUCGAAUAGCCGUUGUUGGCAAUGUGGAUGCAGGAAAGUCCACAUUGCUCGGUGUAUUGACAAAGGGUAUUCUUGAUGAUGGUCGAGGGAAAGCGCGGGUCAAUUUGUUCAGACACAAGCAUGAGAUUGAAUCCGGACGAACAUCGAGUGUAGGCGGUGAAAUCUUGGGAUUCGACUCUAAGUCUCAGCCUGUAAUGCAUCCAGCUGGAACGGGGCGCAAGCUAACAUGGGAAGAGAUCUGCACCAAGGCUACCAAAGUGUUGAGUUUUGUGGAUUUGGCAGGUCACGAGAAAUAUCUCAAGACCACCGUGUUUGGUAUGACAGGCAGCGCACCCGAAUUUGUAAUGUUGAUGGUGGGGGCCAACGCUGGUAUGAUUGGUAUGACAAAGGAGCAUUUAGGAAUCGCGCUUUCGCUCGGUAUCCCCGUACUUGUUGUGGUAACCAAAAUCGAUCGUUGCCCGCCCAAUAUCUUGCAAAACACUAUCAAGGAACUGGGUACAAUCUUGAAGUCCAAAUCGUGCCGCAAGAUCCCAUUAUUUGUUGAGACUGACACUGACGUCGUCAUGACUGCUCAAAAUUUCGUGAGCGAGCGUCUCUGCCCGAUUUUUCAAAUCAGUAACGUCACUGGCCAAGGUUUGGAUCUGUUGCGAAACUUCUUGAACAUUUUGCCAGCACAGACCAAGUACGAUAUGGAGCAGCCGUUCCACUAUGAGAUCAACGAAACGUACUCUGUGCCGUUUGUUGGGACUGUUGUGAGCGGGAUUAUGAUGAGCGGCGUGAUCCACGUGGGUGACAAGGUUUUGAUCGGGCCCGACCAUUCUGGCAACUUUAACAUGACAACCAUCAAGGGCAUCCACCGCAAGCGUGUGACGGUUCCUGCAGCGCGUGCAGGCCAGAGCGUAACAUUUGCUUUGAAGAACGUUCGUCGCAGCGCAAUACGUAAAGGAAUGGUGCUGUUGCGGUAUGACAAGGAUCAUCCGCCGCCCAAGUGCUCGAAGCGAUUUGAAGCCGAAGUGUUGGUGCUGUACCAUUCGACAACAAUCAAGCAAAAGUAUCAGGCGAUGGUCCAUUGUGGUGCGGUACGGCAGACUGCUAGUAUCGUUAGCAUGGAAAAGCAGUUAUUGCGGACAGGUGAUCGAGCAAUGGUGCAAUUUGAAUUUGUCAAGACUCCAGAAUACCUUACGAUUGGUAGUCGGAUGAUUUUCCGUGAAGGUCGAACAAAGGGCAUCGGCAAAGUAACACGAUUAUUGGAGUGAACUAAAAAGAUUGCAGCAUCGAAACCAACAAAGCAAAGAAGAAACUGUGUACAUAUUUUCAUUUUGCAGCGACGUAAUAAAUGAAAGGAGAACGAGCUAAAAAAAAAGCAAGGGAGAGAAUCAAUUUACAAUUAGAAAAGAUGGUAGCAACGGUUGAAAGGAAAAGUAGACAAAUAUGUAAUUUGCUGUUGUGAAACUUUUAAUACAAGUCAAGGGGAGGGAGGGUGGUGGAUUGCAUGUGCUAAUAAUAAAAAACAAUAAAAAUCACUGUCUA